CUUCCUCACUUUGUCCUUGCAGACCCCACAAAACCCAACUCUGAUAUAAUUGCAGCAAUCUCACUAGCUACUUCUCCAUCCAAUAUCUCAAUCUUCUACAUAUACAUAUGUAUGCACACACAUAUAUAAUAGACAGCUCACUUGGCCUUGCGAUGCUAACCAGUCCAUGUUCUCUCUCCUUAACAUGUGAAUCAUGGAGUUCCACAGAUCGUCUUCUUCAUCCAACCAUAUUCAAUCUAGACCAACGUCUCUGUCUUCACAACGCAGCCUUGCUUCAGUUCCUUCCCUGAACUCUCGGUCUCAGCAUCACACCUCAACCUAUCACCAGUGUCUUGCAACUCUCAAAGGUCACACAUCUUAUAUAUCCUGUAUAGCCCUUGCAGGGAAAUUCCUCUACACUGGAUCAUCUGAUGGAGAAAUCAGGUCCUGGAAUCAUGCUUGCUUUCACUCUCAAAUAUUCGACCCUGAACAGUCAAAUUCAUCAAUCACUAACAUGGUGACGGCAGGUAAAGGUGCAGUGAAGUCCAUAAUAGUUCAGUCUGAUAAACUCUUCAGCGCUCACCAAGACUAUAAAAUCAGAGUCUGGAAAAUUAGCGGCGACGAGCCUGACCGCCACAAGUACACCCGUUUAGCCACACUUCCGACGUUUGGUGACAGAGCCACGAAGGUGUUGAAUCCCAAGAACCAUGUUCAGAUAAGGAGGCACAAAAAAUGCACCUGGGUUCACCAUGUGGAUACAGUCUCUGCUCUGGCCUUGUCCAGGGAUGAGACCUUGCUUUACUCAGUUUCAUGGGAUCGUACAAUCAAAGUCUGGCGAACCAGUGACUUCGGAUGUUUGGAAUCAGUGAACAACGCGCACGAUGAUGCUAUAAACGCCUUAGCAGUUUCUGAGGACGGUUACAUAUACACUGGAUCAGCAGAUAAGAAGAUCAAGGUAUGGAAAAAAGGCGAAGGAGGGGAGAAACAUUGUCUGGUUGAUACGUUAGAGAAGCACAACUCUGGGAUUAAUGCUUUGGCUCUGAGCAGUGAUGGGUCUCUGUUGUAUUCAGGUGCUUGCGACAGAUCAAUAUUGGUUUGGGCAAAGGAUGGAGAAGAAGAAGAUGGCAAAAUGGUGCUGGUGGGUGCGCUUAGGGGACACACCAAGUCCAUAUUAUGCUUAGCCAUGGUCUCAGAUUUGGUGUGUAGUGGUUCUGCAGAUAAAACAAUAAGAAUAUGGAGAGGCGUUCAUGAUGAUUGCUCUUGUUUAGCAGUUUUAGAAGGCCAUAGUGGUCCGAUUAAGUGCUUAACUGCAGCCAGUGGUCGUUCUAAUCCGUCUGAAGAAUCUUUUCUAGUUUACAGUGGCAGUUUGGACUGUGACAUUAAGGUGUGGCAGAUCAUCGUACCUGUUCUCUAGUUCUGUUUUUAACACAUGAAGGGAACAGUCAAGUGUUCUUUUUUUACUUCUCUUUUCCCUGGCCUUUCCAUCAGUGUUUUGAAGUUUUGGAUCUUCGUUUUAGACCCUAAGGUAAUAGUAUUUUGAAUUCAGAAACUGGGAUAUUGUUGGCUAAAUAUGUAUGUGAUGUGAUACUGUAGUCUAUACCGAAAAAUUUUGGAUUCAAAUUCAGUAAUUAUAGAUAUUGAGUGCACA